AUGCAAAAGAAUUGCCCACCACAUGUUCGAUGGGAAGCUCCAAAGAGCUUCCCCAUGGUUCAGAAGAGAGCAAUUACCAACAAAUUUACCUUUCACAAUGUACAUGCUUCGGUUCCUUCAUCCCUCCCUUCCGAUUUCCUUGGCAGUGUAUUGAAGAGAGAUUUCCUGAGUCCUCCUGCCCCUAUUCAGUUCAGAGUUGAAGAAUGGUGUGCCAUGUAUAUCCGUGUUAAGCGUAGUAAGACAACUUACUUUAUCCAGUGUGAACCAACUGAGACAAGUUUAGAUAUUAAGCAAAAGUUGCAUGAUCUUAUUGAUCAACCAGUAAGUGAUCAGCGCUUGAUCCUAGUCAGUACUGGGGAAGUACUGGAGGAUUCAAAGUCAUUGGCAGAUCUGAAGGUUGAGAAUGAUGCCAUUGUGGCACUGACCUUGAGAAAAGGUUGA